GUCAAGUUUCAGGCUUGAAGCUAUACAAUAUUUAUGUUGUCUCAGGAGCGGCCUUUGUCAUGAUUCAUCUUGUCUGCAAGCUUCAGCGUGGUUGCCGCUGUAGAUCCUAUUCACUUUCCGCUCAGAUACACUCAACGAUCAUCGAAACAAAUAAGUCGACGAGCACUCUCAAAUUCAGUACCAAUUUAUAAUGCUGUAAUGCAAGGUGCCUAUGCUAUUGAUUUGAGCAUUGGAACCCCAGGUCAGAAUUUCUCAGUUAUCCUUGAUACCGGCUCCACUGAACUAUGGGUACCUGGGCCGAGUUGUCCAAAGACCGAAUGCUACUCUACGCUUUUCAACCCACAAGCAUCCACUACGUUUGUUGCAACAACUGACCCUAUCAGCUUGGUUUAUGGAGUAGGAAGCGAUAACGGCACUUAUGGUAGAGAUACUGUAACGCUUGGUGGAUACCAGGUACAAAAUUUGACGUUUGGCGUCAUCAGUAGUGCUGCCAACAACUCUAUUCCCGUAGUCGGAGAACCCUAUUUGAAUGGGCUUUUGGGCUUAGCUUUCCCUAGCUUGACAUAUGCAUACAAAACGCGCAAAGCCGAAUAUGAUCCUUUUGUGUUUGCUCUUUGGAAGCAGAAUCAAAUCCCCCAGCCUAUUUUCUCAGUUUACCUUGGUCCAAGAAGCGCGACAGGUGAAACAGGACAGGUUACAUUUGGCGGUACAGAUAGCACGAAAUUCUCUGGUAACCUCCAAUGGUUACAGGUACAGAUGGAAACUUACCCGAAUACAACCGCCAAUUAUUAUCACUGGAACCUUCUUUUAGUUGGGCUCGCUGCCACGAUCAACGGCAAGCAAAGCAGUAAUUUGCUGGGCAAAGCUGGCGAAAUCGUUGCCCUCGACACUGGUACCACGCUUUCUUAUAUGCCCCAGCAAGCGGUCGUCAACAUGUUGGAAGCCAUUGCUCCCAACGCAGUAUAUGUACAGGGCAUAUACAUUGUGGACUGCAGUCUCGCCUCGUCCACUGGGACGGUGGAUUUUGCUUUCGGAAACGCUACCGACAGCAGCAAUGCCGUAAUCCUAAGUGCUCCUAUUUCUUCUUUGGUUCUUCCAGCUGACUCCAACUCUAUUAGCACAGCUCAAACCUGCCUUUGGGGUAUUGUCCCCAUAGAUAUUACGGCGCUAGGCACUUACUUGCUUGGUGAUACCUUUUUGCAGUCGGUUUACGUAGUGCACGAUUUUGAAAACCAUGUUGUUGGCAUGGCUUCCGCUUCAUGGACCAAUUUAACCAGUAGCAGCAACGUCGCAACAGCUUCAGCUUCUGCAGCUGCUUCAAGUGGCAGUCCAAGUAAAGGUGGCUCAAAUAGCGGCAGUCCAAUUACUAGUGGCUCAGCAUCACUUCAUCCGAUUACCGGUUUUGCCCUAGUUGGUUGUGUCUGCUUCCUGUUGCUUUAGCUGCUGUUGUAUGACAUUGUAAUGACUUCGUACCUUGUUUUUUCAAACCUGUACUCCGAAAAAAAAAAAAAAAGAAGAAAACAACCAUAAGUCAGCAAUACUCAUUUUUUCAUGCAAUUUCCCAACUCUCACAUAUUUCUCAUUUACACCCACAACAUAAUAAUAAAAACACAUACAAACCUGUACUUCGUUUCCGG